CUCCCGGAAGAUGUCAUCUUCUACGAUAUACUUUCAAGGCUUCCGGUGAAAUCUCUCUUCCGAUUCCAAUGUGUUUCUAAACGCUGGUGCUGCCUUUUGACUCGUAACAACCCUUCUUUCAUCGACCUCCAUCUAUCGCGCUCCCAAUCUCGGCUCACUAGCACAACCACCAACCUCCUCAUGUCUGUUUAUAACAAGAAGUUGAAGAGCCAAUGUUUAGUUUUAGCAUGCCCAGAGGGUNGCUCCCAAUCUCGGCUCACUAGCACAACCACCAACCUCCUCAUGUCUGUUUAUAACAAGAAGUUGAAGAGCCAAUGUUUAGUUUUAGCAUGCCCAGAGGGUGGUAGGUGGAGUAAUAUUCAACUCUUAUCGAUGCAGACCGUAAAAUAUGAGCGUUUCUACCUCUCUCAGAACAUUAAUGGUUUGGUUUGUUGGCUCAAAAAUAGUUUCGAUGAUAAUAAUAAAUAUGCAUAUAUUUGUAAUCCUAGUACUCGUGAACUCACGAAACUUCCCCUAAUUCAUCGAACUACACGUAGUAGUGGUAGAUCAUAUUCCUCUUAUCAUUUUGGAUUUGAUCCAUCUUCAAAGGCAUUUCAAGUGCUGAACAUCCGGAUUUCUCGGAUUGUUGGCCGACCUUAUUUCGUAGCCUGCCAUAUUUACACACUAGGUGGCAAAUCAUGGCGAAGGAUUCAUUCUGCCUUGCCUUUUGUUUGUAAUGACGACCUUCCUUGGAGCUUGUCAUCGUUGGAAAGCUGUCUGUGCCUAAACGGUGCAUUACAUUGGAUUCAUCUUGAUAUGAUAGUUAUUGUGGUUUUUGAUUUGAAAGAUGAGAAGUUUCGUAUUAUUCCGCUCCCAAAAAGUGCCGUGUUCAGGUCUAUAUCACGGAUACUUCUACUUCAAGUUGAUGGAAAUCUGGUUGUAGCAUGUAUUCCUGAAGAUUUGUAUAAUUAUCGCAACAUGAAGAUGGAGUUGUGGACAUUGGAAGAUUAUCAAAGGGAGGUAUGGAUCAAGGAAGACAUUAUCAUUCCAUUUAGAUGUGACUUGAACGAUUCUCAUGUUUAUGCCAUACCUACACUAGGUAAGAUUUGGCUAAAACCGACGACAUUAUUCAAUGAUGAAUCGUUGGGGGAGGAUUAUUUGGCAGAAUUUUUUUAUGAUGCAAAGAACAAGAGUUUUUCGAGUAUUAGAAUUCCUGAAUUAUCUGAAGGGUUUUUGCCUUAUGUUCAAAGUAUCACUAAUCAUACUGAAAGCAUCUUCUCUUUGAGCUCGCAACAAACAAAAGCCUUGAGCAGGAGUGGUAAAAAAAACCAUUUACUCUGA